AUGGAGACCUCAGGGGUCCAAGAAAGGGCUGAGGCAUCCAGUGAGUUGAACCUCGCUCUCAGCCUCCAAGGCUUAGCCAGAUCCCCGAAGCACCUGUGGCGGCAGCCGAGGCGCCCCAUCUACAUCCAGCAGCGCUUCCACUCGGACCCGGACAAGUCUGCGGGCCACAGCGAGCGGUACUGGGGCCCGCAGCCUGGGCUCAAGAAGUCGCGGCGCUCCUGGCCUACCUCCUUCCACAGGCGCUUUGACUUAGAAAAUGGGCUUUCCUGUGGGAGAAGUGCCCUGGACUCUCAGGCUGGGCCUGGCCUUGGCCAGGUCAUUCAGACCUCUGCCCAGUACAGCCAGCGGCGGGAGUCCUUCCUGUACCGGUCAGACAGCGACUAUGAACUCUCACCUAAGGCCAUGUCCCGGAACUCCUCUGUGGCCAGCGACCUACAUGGAGAAGACAUGAUUGUGACACCUUUUGCCCAGGUCCUGGCCAGUCUGCGGACGGUUCGGAGCAACGUUUCAGUGCUAGCCCACCUGCAAAGCGGCAAGGCAUCCAAGAAGGCAUCCGUCGGGAACGCCCCAUCUGGCAGUCAGCCCCCUCCAUCUACAGAGGACACUGGGCAGAAGCUGGCUUUGGAGACACUGGAUGAGCUGGACUGGUGUCUGGAUCAGCUGGAGACCCUGCAGACGCGGCACUCGGUGGGGGAGAUGGCCUCCAACAAGGUGAGGAGGUGCCCCCUCGAAUUGACUCACCUAUCUGAAACCAGCCGCUCCGGGAACCAGGUCUCCGAGUACAUCUCCCGAACCUUCCUGGAUCAGCAGACUGAGGUAGAGUUGCCCAGGAAGACCCCCACAGAGCUCCCGAGGCCCAUGUCCCAGAUCAGUGGCCUACGUGGGCUCCCCCACAGUGCCAGCCUCUCCACAGCCGCUGUUCCACGUUUUGGAGUCCAGACUGACCAAGAGGGGCAACUGGCCAAGGAACUAGAAGACACCAAUAAGUGGGGGCUUGACGUGUUCAAGGUGGCAGAGCUAAGUGGGAACCAGCCCCUCACAGCCAUCAUAUUCAGCAUCUUUCAGGAACGGGACCUGCUCAAGACAUUUCAGAUCCCAGCAGAUACCCUUGUCACCUACCUGCUGACUCUGGAGGGUCACUACCACGCCAAUGUGGCCUACCACAACAGCCUGCACGCUGCUGAUGUGGCCCAAUCCACGCAUGUGCUGCUGGCCACACCUGCGCUCGAGGCUGUGUUCACAGACCUAGAAGUUCUUGCUGCCAUCUUUGCAAGCGCCAUCCAUGAUGUGGACCAUCCUGGGGUCUCCAACCAGUUUCUCAUUAACACCAACUCGGAGCUUGCACUUAUGUACAAUGAUGCCUCUGUACUGGAGAACCACCACCUGGCCGUGGGCUUCAAGCUGCUGCAAGCAGAGAACUGUGACAUCUUCCAGAACCUCAGCACCAAGCAGCGGCUGAGUCUGCGCAGGAUGGUCAUUGACAUGGUGCUGGCCACUGACAUGUCCAAACAUAUGAACCUCCUGGCUGACCUCAAGACCAUGGUGGAGACCAAAAAGGUGACGAGCCUGGGAGUCCUGCUGCUGGACAACUACUCUGACCGCAUCCAGGUGUUACAGAACCUGGUGCACUGCGCCGACCUCAGCAACCCCACCAAGCCGCUGCCCCUGUACCGCCAGUGGACAGACCGCAUCAUGGCUGAGUUCUUCCAGCAGGGUGACCGUGAGCGCGAGUCAGGCCUGGACAUCAGCCCCAUGUGCGACAAGCACACGGCCUCAGUGGAGAAGUCCCAGGUGGGUUUCAUUGACUACAUCGCCCACCCACUGUGGGAAACCUGGGCUGACCUGGUACACCCAGAUGCGCAGGACCUUCUGGACACACUGGAGGACAACCGUGAGUGGUACCAGAGCAAGAUCCCCCGCAGCCCUGUGGACCCCACCAGCCCUGAGCGGGGCGGUCCUGACAGAUUCCAGUUUGAGCUGACUCUGGAGGAGGCAGAAGAAGAGGAGGAGGAGGAAGAGGAAGAAGAGAGUAUAUUGGACCAGAGGACCUUGGAGUCACCUGACACUGAGCUCCUGUCCCCUGAGGCCAGGCCAGACCCUGGGGCCUUAUGCCUGGACAACCAUAGGACCGUGGGCAAGCCCUGUGUAGACCAUGAAGGAAAUGCGAUGACUGAGCCCUUUGGUACAUAA